UUCUUGUCAAAGAUAUUACCGAACAAAGGAAUUAAAUCUUAGUGUGUAGGUUUUCGCAAAGUUGAUUUAUUUAGCCUCCUCUUCUAGGAUAAAUACCCGCACCUUGGACUUAACACCACCCAUCAAAUUCUGUGUUUUACCUGCGCCAUCUUUCCUACAUUCUUUCAUCCACUCAUUGUUCAAAUCCAUGUCGUUUUUUAAGACUUUCCCUGUUUUCCGGAUAUCUGGUCAGGGAUACCAAGUCAAUCUACGAUCGAACCAUGAAUCAGUCAAAAUCUGGGUACACAUCCCAUAACAACAUUGCAGAUCGGGAUCAUUUUGGUGAGCAAAAAAUCAAGUUUUCGUCACGCUCUGUCGAGAAUACAUUUGCACUACGUUUUCCCUUGCAAUUUGAAGACCUUGAGGGACUCAUUGAUUUCAAAAAUUUAAGGCUGUCAUUUUAAAAAUCUGUGCAGCAUAUUGAGAAUCUGUGAACCUGACAUCUCUGGUGUAGUGAAUCAGCCUAUAUAUUAACUGAACUUACCACAAAAAUAAUAAUUACUUAGCGAGAUGGACCGUAAGCGGUCUCAGCUGUCAAAAAGACAUAGCAAAAAAAAAAAAAAAGAUGUGAAUGGUUUUCUUUUUUGGAAUAUGUACACUAAACAAAAAAAUCAUAAUAAUAACUGUGCUACACUCACUGGCAAAAUUGAAUAAAAUUAAGUUAAAUUUUAGCAAAUAGGUCCACGAAAUAAAUUCGAAAUAAUAUGUGAAAAGUUUGGUUUCAAUAACAAUACACUUCAAACGAUGGCUGUGUCAUAGAAAAUAACAUUAGAAAUAAUAGUAUGAAAUUGAGUUGUGUGUACCAAGAAUUCCGAAGGGGUGAAAUGAACAGGUAUGAUCAUAGGAACAAAUGGGAGGAAUGAAAUGAGCAGGUAUGAUCAAAAAAAAAAAAAAAGAAAAAAGAAGAAAAGGUGGAAAUCGAUACGGAGACGACGCUAGGUAUGGAGGGAAAGAUCAUUCUGUGAACGACUUUCGACAACGACGGUUGAGUAAACUCGAAGGUGCUUCAAUAGAAGUAUAAAGUCUACGACAUGGCGCAGUCGGCAGGGAAAUACGUUCGUGCUCCACGAUACAUGGAGACGUCUGAUUCGUCGAUGGAGUUGGCUGAACAACUAGCGGAAGAACGAUCAUUACGAACUGCGUUAGCUAUUGAGCUUGAACAAUCACAAAAGGAAAAUGAAGAACUGAGGGCAAAUUUAAAUGCACACGAUGCUGGAAGUAAUCUUGAUAACCAUAAUUUCAAUUUUGACGCCCAAAAUGGGUUGUGCAGUACCCGACACUUGUUAUCCUAUCCUGGUACAUCAAGAAAUCUGGAGGAAUCAAGAUUUCUGUCUUCAAUGAACCAAUUAUCGGUAGCGUCGAUCAACGUACCGGAAUGUAAGGCAUCCGAUGAUGAACAAAUCCAUCGUCAGACUUUCGAACUGUGGAAAGAUUUGCUCAUCGAUUCAAUGAAAUUAGCGGGCAUCGAAGAUGAGGCGACUAUGUACACACUUUUCAAGGUUAAGGCCGGUUCUCGCCUACUUGAGAUUUUCAGAAAUACCAAAUCUCAAGCUGAUGCACCAGAUUCAAAUUUGACACCCUUUUCCAACGCCAUGCAUCGUCUGAAAACUUAUUUUGGUUCUGGAUCGGACGUCAUGUUGAUGAGACGACGUCUGACGUUAAUGGUACAAAGAGUUGAGGAAUCUGAUCUAAGCUUCAUUGUAAGAGUUGGCUCAACAGCACGUCUAUGCGAAUAUGACGAUGAUAAAGAGUUCGAAGAAAUAGUCGCAACAGUUGCGGAACACGCUAGGAACCGGGACGUAAGGACCACUGCUUUGAAAAUGUUAAGCCGUAAAGGUAGCUUUACGGACCUUGUCGAUAAGGUUCGUGAACUGGAAGCAAUAAGACUGAACGAAGAGUACGUGUUGCAGAAACAUGUAAAAUCCGAAAAUCAAACUCAUGCUUUGAUUGCCCCGGUAAGAUCAUACCAGAACUGGGAAGCAAAUCGUUCCACCAGAGGAACUUCUUGGAACGUUCGGGGAAAUCCAGCUCGUCGAAGUUUCGUUCACAAUCAGAGAGGAAGAGGUACAUUUACAAGAACGUAUAAUCAGCCUCAACUUAACUCUCAGAGUAGUGAUAGGUGCUGGCGUUGUUUCAGUGUUUAUCACUCAGCAAACAUUUGCAAUGCUAAAGAUAAAAUUUGCAACAAAUGUGGAAUUGUAGGUCAUAUUCAACGAGCAUGUACAACAAGUGCAUACAAGCGCCCUGCAGAGAAUGGUUUAGAGACAAUCCCGGCCAAGAUAGCAAACGUCGAGAAGGUUGAAGAAUGUGUAUCCCCUAUAGAUCCGGUAAGUGUCGAAAGAGAAGAUUAA